CGCUAAAGGCUAUGGGGAUCACGGAGGUCAGGUGAAUCAGCAGACAACCCAGAAAAACACAGGAAGUGAGAUAUCGUGUGUGAGAGUGAAAAGGUUGUUCAUAAUGCCCCGUAUCUCAGCGGAGUUUUGAAAAGGAGGUUGAAAGAGUGAGCGGUUCAUGUUGUUACACAGCCGAGGGAGAGUUUUUUUUGUGACAGUUGCAUUCUCGACAGUAUAAGUGUCUCAAUAGACAGAAAGUUUAGGUGUUUGGAAAUUUGCAUUCUGUUGGACUACAACUUUUUCACACGCCCAAAUUUCAGCUUUAUGAGAGAGUUUAACUGUGCGAAUGUACUGUAACUCCAGAGAAAUUAUGAAUACUCUUUGAGAAAAAGGAAGCCAUGUCAUUCUUUGGCUUAGACUGGACACGGAGGAAAGAGAAAGAAGUGGAGAGGAAAAUCAGAGCAAAUGACAGAGAAUUUAACUUAUCCUUUAAAUAUGCUACCAAUGCCAUCAAGACCUCCAAAUACAACCUAUUCACCUUUCUGCCCCUCAACCUGUUUGAGCAGUUUCAGAGAAUCGCCAAUGCCUACUUCCUAUUCCUGCUCACCCUACAGGUUAUUCCUGCUAUAUCUUCUCUGCCGUGGUUCACCACUGUUUUCCCUCUGGCAUUGGUACUGACAGUGACUGCAGCCAAAGAUGCCAUUGAUGAUAUUAAUCGCCACAGAAGUGACAGGCAAGUGAAUAACCGUAAGGUGGAUGUGCUCAUCAAUGGAAAACUGAUAAGCGAGAAAUGGAUGAAUGUGCAAGUGGGUGAUAUCAUCAAGCUGGAAAACAACCAGUUUGUAACAGCAGAUCUACUUCUGUUUUCCAGCAGUGAACCUCUUAACUUGGUCUACAUUGAGACUGCAGAGCUAGAUGGAGAAACCAACCUGAAGGUGAAACAGUCUCUGACUGUAACCGGAGACAUAGGAGACAAUUUAGAGGCUUUGGCUGCAUUCAAUGGGGAGGUGUGUUGUGAGCCUCCUAAUAAUCGUCUGGAUCGCUUUACGGGCACGCUGACUUCCGGCACGCAGAAACACUCAUUGGACAAUGAACGAGUGUUGCUGAGGGGCUGCACACUCAGAAACACAGACUGGUGCUUUGGCAUGGUGCUGUUUGCAGGCCCUGAGACCAAGUUGAUGCAAAACUGUGGGAAAAGCACUUUUAAGAGGACCAGCAUUGACCGGCUCAUGAAUGUACUGGUGCUCUUUAUUUUUGGUCUCCUUGCUCUGAUGUGUAUUAUUCUGGCUGUGGGCCAUGGGAUCUGGGAAUACCAGGAUGGAUCAAAGUUCAAUACCUUCCUUCCGAGGGAAGAGAGUGCUGCAUUUUCAGCCUUCCUUACUUUCUGGUCCUACAUUAUAAUCCUCAACACUGUGGUACCCAUCUCACUUUAUGUCAGUAUGGAAGUGAUUCGUUUAGGCAACAGCUACUACAUCAACUGGGAUAGGAACAUGUAUCAUGCUCGAACUGACACACCUGCUGAAGCUCGUACCACAACACUCAACGAAGAGCUUGGUCAGAUCAAAUAUAUAUUCUCAGACAAGACCGGCACUCUAACACAGAACAUCAUGACAUUCAACAAGUGCUCCAUUAAUGGGAAAUCUUACGGAGAUGUUAUUGACCACUACAGUGGACAAAGACUGGAGAUCACAGAGGAAAUGUCACCAGUGGAUUUCUCCUUUAACCGGCUUUCCGACCCCAAGUUCCUUUUCUAUGAUCACAGUCUGGUACAGGCUGUAGAGUUGGAGCUUCCAGAGGUUCAUGCUUUCUUUAGGUUACUCGCUCUCUGUCACACUGUCAUGGCAGAGGAGAAAAAGGAGGGUGACUUGAUGUACCAGGCCCAGUCUCCUGAUGAGGGUGCUCUGGUCACGGCCGCACGUAAUUUUGGCUUUGUCUUUCGCUCUCGGAGCCCUGAGACAGUGACAAUAGAGGAGAUGAAGAUUCAGAGGAGCUAUGAGCUGCUGGCCAUCCUGGACUUUAACAACAUACGCAAAAGGAUGUCUGUGAUUGUUCGUAAUCCAGAGGGCAAGCUCUCCCUGUACUGUAAAGGAGCAGACACUAUCGUAUUUGAGAGACUGCAUCCCUCCUGUAACAAACUGAUGGAGGUCACCACAGAGCACCUCAAUGAAUUUGCUGGGGAGGGGUUGAGGACUCUUGUUCUAGCCUAUAAGGAUCUGGAUGAGGAGUAUUUUGCAAAGUGGAAACAGCGCCACCAUGAGGCCAGUAUUGCAAUGGAAGACCGGGAGGAGAAACUAGACCAGCUGUAUGAAGAGAUAGAGAAAGACAUGCUGUUAAUUGGGGCCUCAGCCAUCGAGGAUAAACUCCAGGAUGGAGUUGCUCAUACCAUCGAGCAGCUGGCCAAAGCAGAAAUCAAGAUCUGGGUGCUUACCGGGGACAAACAAGAGACAGCUGAGAACAUUGGCUAUUCCUGUAACCUACUAAGGGAGGAAAUGAAUGAAGUGUUUACUGUCACAGCUAACUCACCGGAGGAGGUCAGACAGGAGCUGAGGGAUGCCCGUCUAAAGAUGUGCCCUGCUACCGAACAAGAUAAAUUCCUUAAUACUGAGACUAUCCUGGGUAAUACUCCUAAAGUGGUGCAGGAUGAAUAUGUGAACGGAGAAUAUGGACUGGUGAUAAAUGGACACAGCCUGGCGUUUGCUCUAGAGAGCAGCAUGAAGCUGGAGUUUUUGAGGACAGCAUGCAUGUGUAAGACAGUAAUCUGCUGUCGGGUGACUCCUCUGCAGAAAGCUCAAGUUGUGGAGUUGGUCAAGAAAUAUAAGAAAGCGGUCACUCUAGCCAUUGGAGAUGGAGCUAAUGAUGUGAGCAUGAUUAAAGCGGCUCAUAUAGGUGUGGGCAUCAGUGGUCAGGAGGGGAUGCAGGCAGUGCUGUCCAGUGAUUUCUCAUUCGCACAGUUCCGUUUCCUGCAGCGCCUCCUGCUGGUGCAUGGACGCUGGUCGUACUUGCGCAUGUGCAAGUUUCUGCGUUACUUCUUCUAUAAGAACUUCACCUUUACCUUUGUGCACUUCUGGUAUGCAUUUUUCUGUGGCUUCUCUGCUCAGACAGUAUAUGAUGAAGGCUUUAUCACUCUGUAUAACUUGGUAUACACUGCCCUGCCGGUUCUGGGAAUGAGCCUGUUUGACCAGGAUGUGAAUGCCGGUUGGAGUCUUGAGUUUCCUCAGCUGUAUGUGCCGGGGCAGUUGAGCAUGUACUUCAGUAAAGGUGCUUUCAUGAUGUGUGCACUUCACAGCUGUUACAGCUCUCUAGUGCUCUUCUUCAUACCUUACGCUGCCACAUACGAUACGGCGAGAGACGACGGGAGAGAUGGCGCAGAUUAUCAGUCAUUUGCACUGAUAACUCAAACCUGCCUCACCGUCACUGUGUGUGUACAGUUGGGACUCGACCUCUCAUACUGGACUGUUGUGAACCAUCUCUUCGUUUGGGGAAGUUUGGGAAUGUUUUUUAUAUUGACCUUCACCAUGUAUACCGAUGGAAUGUUCCAGUUACAUCCACCUUCUUUUGCAUUCAUAGGAACUGCCCGGAAUUGCCUCAACCAGUCCAAUGUUUGGCUUACUGUUGCCUUGACAGCUGUAUUGUGUGUGCUGCCUGUGGUUGCUCACCGGUUCCUCUACACUCAGAUCUUUCCUACCAUCAAUGACAAGGUGAGGUAUAAAGUUUGUCAGAUGAAGGAGCCUGCUCCACGUCCACGGCGUGCUAAGCUCAGCCGCAGAAGCACUCGACGUUCUGGUUAUGCCUUCUCUCAUGCCCAAGGCUAUGGUGACCUCGUGACCUCUCGCAGGUUUCUGCGACGACCUGCACCUGCCCGCUCCAUGGGCUUAACUCCCACUGGCCGAUCUCCUGGGUUUAAGCCCACGGGUCGAUCUGCGGGGUACAGUCCGGCCGGGCAACAACAGAACCCCAAACAGAAAGUAGAACCUACGUCACUGCAGAUGUUCCGUGCUGUUAAAGACUGUUCCUUUUAAGGGUACAAUUCCCUGAGCUUUUGAAGCAGAGCUAGAACCAAAACCUUAAACAUUGUUUAUAGGGUUUGAACACUUGGGGACAAAUUGUACUUCUGCUGCCUCUGCAGAAAAGACAAGCUUAGUCAAGCAUGAACUUCCAGGCUGGUUUUGUACUGGUUUGAUGGUGGUUAAUCAGGUAGAGCACAGCCAUCCUGUUCACCAGCAAAACUUAGCUGGUUGGCCAAGGAAGUUUCACUGGUUGAGCUAUUUAAGAAGCCUGACUGAGACUCCAGCGAACCAGCAUUCAAAGCACAACAUAUGCUUGUUUACCAGAUAUGCUGUUCUUUUCAGCAGGGGUGUUACUUAAUGUUGAUAUGUACUGUAUAGAAGUACAUGUACACUAAGAACAGUGGACUAGAUUCCUAAAUGUACAAAGUUUUGUUAGAAACUGUGCACAGACACUUCUGUCGAUCUUUCCCGGAAACACACACACUGAAAAUGCACGUUUUAUAGUAAGGAUGAACUGUCAGAAGUAUUCUACAUACUGAAGGGCAGCGAUUACUUGUCCUCUCUACGGUCCUCACUACCAUGGCAGCGACAGACUAUAGGAGAGCAAAAAUAAUCCAAGCAGAGCACAGUGAUGUCAUAAAGGGAGUCAAAACAGUGAAAGGCGUGAAAUAGACUGUUCAGUUCAAAACCAUCUAAACACUGCAUUUCGCAGUUUGCUUCCUCUUCCAGGUACUAUGUUAAUUAACGCCCUCUGAUAUGAGUGCUGAGUUAGUUCUACAGCACACCCUGCAUGUUAUUAAUUGAAUUACUUAAAGGGGUUAUACCAAAUUUUUUAAUAAUGUAUUUGUUUCCUUUGUUGCCGACUUAUAAUGUUAAUUAAGGUUUCUUGCACCAGUUGUUCAUGAUCAUCUCAUCACCUCUAUCGUAACUUUAGUUUAAUAUUCCGUUUUUAGGACCCAUUAUUUUUUUGUUUUUUGUUUUUUUUCUCCCCAAUUUGGAAUACCCAAUUCCCAAUGCGCUGUAAGUCCUCGUAGUGGUGUAGUGACUCAAUCCGGGUGGCGGAGGAUGAAUCUCAGUUGCCUCCGCGUCUGAGACUGUCAAUCCAUGCAUUUUAUCACGUGGCUUGUUGAGCGCGUUACCGCGGAGACAUAGCGCAUGUGGAGGCUUCAUGCAAUUCUCCGUGGCAUCCAUGCACAACUCACUAUGUGCCCCACCGAGAGCGAGAACCACAUUAUUGUGACCACGAGGAGGUUACCCCAUAUGACUCUACCUUCCCUAGCAACCAAUUUGGUUGCUUAGGAGUCCUGACUGGAGUCACUCAGAUACCCAAGCCCCCCUAUAGGACCCAUUGUUUAAAUACUGGCAAAUCAGCUCCGGCAAUUUGCCCGCAUAAGAAAUGGUAACAUUGUCAGAAAGUUCCAUGAUGAUGCCUAAACAAAGCUGUGAUAUUAACGGUUUGAGCAAGUUUGAGCACAAAGAAGGAUCACUCUGAAGUAAAAAUUUCUGCUGUCUUAUAAAUUAUAGAUUGUCUUUUUGGAAUGGGGAGGGAGCUUUUAUUUUUUAAAGUAGUUUGCAAAUUAUAUCAACCUUUUACAUUUUUUUCAAGAUAUGACCCCUUUAAGAGAGAGACUUGAAUAUAAAGACUAUACAUCCUAUAAAGUGCCUUGGAUAUGAAAAAAGAAAUAUUUAGCACUAAUAUAUAUAUGUAUAUGUGUGUGUAUGUGUGUGUAUGUAUAUGUAUAAGUAUAUAUAUAUAUAUAUAUAUAUAGGUCAUUCAAAAAAUUCCAUCACUGGAUUCUCGCCCUGAAUGAAUUGGCCCUUUUUGAUACAGUCUCUAAUUUGUAAGUACCAAAUCAUAUUUUUGCACAAGUUCAGAAAAAGACAUAAACACGCCAUCCAAGUACAGGUCACUUAUCAUGUAUAUCCCUUUUAUAAGCCAUUUAUUCCAGUAGAAUUACAUUUUCCCAAUACAUACUGCAGGGUUGAGCCAUAUAAAGGCAUAUUAUUGUCUUACGUGUGACAUGCCACACAUCCUGUGCACUUCUCUCCAGACUACCUUAGAAUGAGCCAGUACUGGGUUAGAAGAGAAAUCAAGAUUAUUAGUAGUUAAAACAUGUGAGAGAUCAUCCAAUGGUUUGAAAGGGUUUUCUAGCUCCUGUUCGAUUUUGAUCCAGCUCAGUUCUGGAUCUGUUCCCUUCCAGUGCUUAAUCAGUCUAGACAUUUCAAACGAUAGAUUGUAUAACCUUACAUUGGGGAGAGCCAUAUCUCCUAUGUCCCUUGGUGACCACAUUUUCUUUAAAUUGAUCCUUGGUCUCUGUCCCACAGAAAGUCUUUGAUUAUUCUAUCAAAUUGUUUUAACAGCUGUGGUGAUAUACUACCAUGGUGGGCAACCACCAUUUUAAUCACAUACAUUUUUCCCAUUAGAGUAAUCAUACAUUUUUUAUUUUCUGGAAGAGUGGUUCCAUAUUUGAAAUUAAUUUAAUACCUAGGUAUUUCAUACCUGAGGGUAUCCAGUUGAAAUUAAAUUAAGUAACAUCACUAGAGUGACAUGUAUUUUAUAUAGGCAUCCCCUCAAACUUGUGCCAGUUUAUUUUAUAACCUGACAAUUUAGAAUAUGAGUCAAUACAUUCAAGUAACACCGGCAAAGAGCCGACAGGAUCUGCUAUUACUACUAAAAUAUCAUCUGCAUACGUAAACAGCUUAUGCUACCUGCCCCCUGCAUGCACACCCUUUAUUCUUACAUCAGCUCUGAUUGCUAAAGCCAGUGGUUCUAGAACUAUCAUAAAGAGCAAUAGAGAGAGAGUGCAACCCUAGAAAGGCAGAAAAUGUUCUAGCGGGAAGACUAGCAGCUGUACAUCACAUCACAGCUGGGUAAUUCCUAGCCAAUUGCAUGUAAGCCAUUGCUUUAUAAGUCUGCUCACAAUCUAUCACAUUGCUGUUUCCAUGUGCUAACAAGGCAACCUCCACCACCACCAGUUGAGCCCUGUCCCGCACGGGGGUAGGCUCCUCGCCCCUGCCUCCUAUCUCCGGCAGGACAUGACGGUUCCGGGUACAACUCCCUCGGACCGCUGGACAGGGCCUACGCCAAGAGAGAGACAUUACUUUCUGUUUUACAUGUAUCUGUUUUUAAUUAAACCUACUUGA